AUGUCGUUCUCUUCUCUCCUUAGAUCUGCACCGUCUCCUGUCAUCGAUGCUGACGCCUUCCGUCCGUCCUAUCCAUCCAUGGUAUCGUCCCAUGGACUCAGCAGCAAUGUUAACUCUGUGAAGUUCCAGACUAGCAUCUUUGCAACAGAAAUACCACUAACCAUUCCAAAGUCAAGAAGCAGUGGCAAAACGAAAGUUGGAAUCAAUGGGUUUGGACGAAUUGGGCGGUUAGUUCUUCGCAUAGCAACUUUCAGGGAUGAUAUAGAUGUGGUAGCCGUCAAUGAUCCUUUUAUCGAUGCUAAGUACAUGGCUUACAUGUUUAAGUAUGACUCCACUCACGGACCGUACAAGGGAACAAUCAAUGUUGUAGAUGAAUCCACUUUGGAAAUCAAUGGGAAGCAAAUUAAAAUUAGCAGCAAAAGAGACCCAGCAGAGAUUCCUUGGGGUGAUUAUGGGGCUGACUACGUAGUUGAAUCUUCUGGCGCUUUUACUACUAUUGACAAGGCCUCAGCACAUAAAAAGGGUGGAGCAAAGAAGGUUGUAAUAUCUGCUCCAUCCGCGGAUGCACCUAUGUUUGUUGUUGGAGUAAAUGAGAAAACCUACAAGCCAAGCAUGGACAUUGUUUCCAAUGCUAGCUGUACCACCAAUUGCCUUGCUCCUUUGGCCAAGGUGGUUCACGAGGAGUUUGGUAUCUUAGAGGGUUUAAUGACUACAGUCCAUGCAACGACAGCCACACAAAAGACAGUUGAUGGUCCAUCAAUGAAGGACUGGAGGGGUGGCCGUGGGGCUGGCCAGAACAUCAUCCCAAGUUCUACUGGCGCAGCAAAGGCUGUUGGAAAAGUACUUCCAGAACUCAAUGGAAAGCUAACUGGAAUGGCUUUCCGUGUCCCAACCCCCAAUGUCUCUGUUGUAGACCUAACUUGUCGACUUGAGAAGAGUGCUUCUUAUGAAGAUGUUAAAGCAGCCAUUAAGUAUGCAUCAGAAGGUCCAUUGAAAGGCAUCCUCGGAUAUACUGAUGAAGAUGUUGUCUCCAAUGAUUUUGUUGGUGACUCAAGGUCGAGCAUAUUUGACGCGAAGGCUGGGAUCGGUCUUAGUGCUUCCUUCAUGAAGCUUGUUUCUUGGUAUGAUAACGAGUGGGGUUACAGUAACCGAGUGUUGGACCUGAUUGAGCACAUGGCUUUGGUGGCUGCCGCCAAGUAG